AUGCUGAGAAAAAUUCAGUCGGCUCUUCACCCGAACUCUUGCAGUCGUGACCUUACAGAAGGUAGCACCACUCACAACGGCAGCCUUUCCCCAGUUCGCCUGGUCCGAAGCACCUCUAUGUAUGUAGUUGGAGAAGGGAAACAAACUCUUGCUGAGUCUUUAAAAAAGUAUAAAAGCACCACGAAUAUUGAGAUGUCAGGAUGUUGUUACUACAAAGACGAGGACUCUGCAUGGUUGUUUGCCAAGACACAGGACUUCCUCCAGUAUCUCCAGGAUCUGUUAGCACUCAGGAAAAAAUAUCUGGCUAGUAUUCAUAAUUUGAGGUGCAUGACUGGAACAUCUGACUAUUUACCGAUAUCAACCAAAGCUGAGAAAAGGUCAUCACAAGAGACAAGAGAUGUAAAGAUGGGAUCUUCCAGCAAGAAAAUGCAACAUGUCAUUCGGCUAGAAAAGUCCAAUAUUGGCUUGAAGAACAUGACUAACCUCCAAAAUGUCCAGAAAUCCCGAGCUAAACUGGAUAGAAUCGCAGAAUGCGUGCCCCCCAUGGCAUUGACAUACCGAACUGCGGAAAUGUUGUCCAUCCGCAGUCUGAUGCAAAUUUUGGACAAACCGCUCGCAAAACUGCGGACGGCAAAGGAACCCACCAGAAGCUCCAAGGCGUUGAUGUGGAACUUGGAUUCUUCUGGAGACCAAGGUCCUCCUGUCAUCACACCCUCGCAGUACGCACCCCAGCCGAGAAGGCUGGCAUCCGAGUCCACCGUGAAGUCCGGAUGGGGACCAAUUAUGGCCUUCCCAUUCCAGGUUUCAAAGGAUAAUGAAAAGCAGAAUCCCAACUCUGAUAUCAUGGAUGCUAUAGCUUAUUUUGAUUCAGUAAUUGCAGAACUGGACACGGAGAGGAGAAUAAGGACGGCACCAAGCAACUUCAAGCAUGCGGAUGUUGACUUUGAUGUGGCCACCAGUAGCAGAGAACAUAGUUUACAUUCAAACUGGAUUUUGAGGGCCCCGAGAAGAAGUACAGAGGAAGUCUUAAGAACAUCCAUAUACAGCCAGUCUUGGAGAAGCAGCAUGGGGAACACAAGUAUUAAGAGGAUAGAGAGAUAUCCAAUCUACCUGCCGAAAGCUGUGGAAGGAGCAUUUAACACAUUGAAAUUUAACCCUCGGACAAAAGUAAAGUAA